AUGAAGUGCGCUCUCGUCAUCUCAGCUCUGGCUGCUCUGGUCGCUGCCGCCGACAAGCCCAAGUUCCUCAACAGCAACUUCCAGGUUAUCGAGGGUAAGCAAUUCACUUUGGAGUACGACGGCUGUGUAGGCGGCUGCACCAUCGUUCUUCAGAACGGUCCUCAAAACAACCUUAAGGACGUGAAGACUAUUACCACUAGCGCGACUGGCGGCUCUUUCACCUGGACCCCCGAGCACCUUGCGUCUGGCACCUACGCCAUAAAGAUCAUCAACAACGCCAACAAGGAGUUCAACUAUUCUCAGCAGUUCUCUUACCUCGGCACUGGAGCUACCGUCACGGCUUCUGGCGCCAGCACGACUGGCUCUGCGACUGGCUCUUCGACCGGCUCCGCUACUGCUUCUACUGAGGCCUCGUCCACUGUCAGCAUCACUGCGAGCAGGACGGAGAGCUCUACUGCGAGCAGCACAGCUAGCACCACCAUUUCUACUGUCACCAGUUCUGCCACCUCUACCAGCGGCUCUUCCACCACUUCGGCCCCUUCUUCCACGACUUCCCAGUCAUCCACUUCCAUCAGAUCUACUACCUCUGCCACCACCACCGUUCCCAACGCUGGUGUCCGUGCCACGCCCAUGGCUUUCGUUGCAGGCGCCGUCGCUGCCCUCGCUUACUUCGGUUAG